UUCCUUCUGCCGGCGGAGGAGAACUGAUGUUGGUGUCAGCAGGGCCGUAGCAGGAGGCACGACCACAGUCCAGGUACAGCCACGAAAGAUGCCACUUGGUGCCAGCGUGCCACUGAGGUCAUCCUCUAGCUGUGCUAAGAUGAAGACCACACUGAGCACCUGGACUCCUCUGAACCACCCACAGUCCAACAGCAAGGUGUUUGAAGAGAGGCGAAACCUUCUGGCAAAGUGGUUCGACAGGUGGUCAGACGGCCAGAGGAAGGCGGUGCUGCAGGACUUUGUGCUGAGCUGUUCGGUGGAGCAGCUGACCUUCCUGAGUGUCGCUGUGAGCAGACGGCUCCCCCUGCAGGCCGCAGACUUCAGCUGCCUGCUGCCCAGAGCCCUCUGCCUCUACCUCUUCUCCUUCCUGGACCCACGCAGCCUCUGUCGAUGUGCCCAGGUGAGCUGGCACUGGAGGAGCAUAGUGGAACUGGACCAGCUGUGGAUGCCCAAGUGUAUGAGGCUGGGCUGGUGCAUCAGCUUUUCACCGACCUCUUUGGAGCAGGGCGUCUGGAAGAGACACUACAUCCAGACCGUGCAGGAGCUGCGACUCACCUCACUGCAGGCUGCUUCAUCCCAGCAGCAGUUUGUGGCUCCACAUGUUUCAGCCGUCAUGAGUGGACGUGAAGAUCCGUCAGGACGGGCCUUCAUCAGUGAGGAGCCUUCAGCGUUCAUCACCCAAUCACCUGGAAGCUUCUCCAGGACGGGAUUUAGAAAAGAGAAGCAGCCGGCCGCUCUGCUGCCAUGGAGAGACUCUGACAGACGUCCCAAAGACACACUGCGCUUCAACUACUUAGACAACCUGGACCCCAGUGAACAAGCUGUCAGAGCCACCACGCGGAGGCCUGGCGACGGCAGCCAGAGGACUCUGUCUGAGGCCCACUACAAGCUGCGCAAAGCCAAGUCGCUGAUGUUCCUCAGCUCCAACUGUAGACCCCAACAUCCUCCUCCUCCUCCUCCUCCUCCUCCUCCUCCUCCUCCUCCUCCUCCUCAUCAUCCUGAGACCCAGAGUGGACCACUUUGGGCGUCUCACAGUCACGUCCACCCCGUCACCAUGGAGACAGCCGAGGGCAUGCUGCGUCUGACCCGGUGGAAUGCUGGGAUCCGUCCGGGGCCGGUGAGGUCGGCGGUGCCCCGGCUGAGUGUGGAGGCGCUCAGGGCGUCCCGGCGCUCCCAUCGGAGCGCUCCCAGUACACCUCUGUUUGGGGAUCAGCCCUGGACUGUGUCUGCUCCACACACACAUCAGAACCACGUCAGAACUACAGCUUCAGGACCAGAUUUUGAGAUUGCGUGA